AUGGCGGUGAUUUAUCCUAACGUUAAUGGUGAUAAGAAGCACUGGUGGUUCACUCAAAGAAAGCUUGUUGAUACGUACAUUAAAGAUGCAAGGACCUUAAUGGCAAGUGAGGAGCUCAACGACGUCACUUCAGCUCUUCAUUUACUUGACGCAGCGUUAUCCAUAUCGCCGCGUUUCGAGACGGCCUUAGAGCUCAAGGCUAGAUCUCUGCUCUUCCUCCGUCGUUUCAAAGAAGUCGCCGAUAUGCUUCAGGAGUAUAUUCCCAGUCUCAAGCUCGCCGCUAACGACGAAGAAGCAUCCGCUUCAUCGGAAGGCUCCUCUUCCUCCUCCUCUUCAUCCUCCUCCCCUCGCGACGGAGUGAAGCUUCUCUCCGGCGGGUCUUCGCCGGGACGUGACUCGUCGUCGUUUAAAUGCUUCUCUGUUUCUGAUUUGAAGAAGAAAGUAAUGGCAGGCAUCUGUAAGAAGUGCGACAAAGAAGGGCAAUGGAGGUACGUUGUUUUGGGUCAAGCUUGUUGCCACCUAGGACUAAUGGAGGAUGCGAUGGUUCUGCUUCAAACCGGUAAACGUCUCGCCUCCGCCGAGUUUCGUCGUCGGAGUGUUUGCUGGUCCGACGAUAGCUUCAUUCUCCUCUCCGAAUCCUCCUCCGCGUCUCCACCACGCAACCUCACUGAGGGUGAGAAUUUCACUCACCUCCUCGCUCACAUAAAGCUCCUUCUCCGUCGUCGCGCCGCUGCAAUCGCCGCACUCGACGCGGGUCUUUUCUCUGAGUCAAUCCGUCACUUCUCGAAGAUCGUAGAUGGUCGUCGUCCUGCGCCGCAAGGAUUCCUCGCCGAAUGCUAUAUGCAUCGAGCCGCCGCGUAUAGAUCCGCCGGCAGAAUCGCAGAGGCGAUCGCCGAUUGCAACAAAACUCUAGCUCUCGAACCGUCGUGCAUCCAAGCGCUGGAGACGAGAGCUGCGCUCCUGGAAACAGUCCGGUGUUUCACAGAUUCGCUUCACGAUCUAGAACACUUGAAGCUUCUCUACAACACCAUUUUACGAGAUCGGAAACUUCCAGGUCCAGUGUGGAAGCGUCACAAUGUGAAAUACAGAGAAAUCCCAGGGAAAUUGUGCGUGUUGACAACCAAAACGCAGAAGCUGAAGCAGAAAAUUGCAAACGGAGAAACUGGGAAUGUCGACUAUUACGGCUUGAUCGGAGUCAGACGCGGAUGCACCAGAUCGGAGCUCGACCGAGCUCAUCUAUUGCUGUGUUUGAGAUACAAACCCGAUCGAGCCUCGUCUUUCAUCGAACGGUGCGAGUUCACCGAUCAAACCGACGUCGAUUCGGUCAGAGAUCGAGCGAAGAUGUCUUCGUUGUUGCUUUACCGUUUGAUUCAGAAGGGAUAUUCUGCUGUGACGGCGAUCAUAGCAGAGGAGGCGGCAGAGAAGCUGAGAAAGAACACUGCGGCGGCUCAGGCCCAGGCUCAGGCUCAAACGCCAAUACAGAAGAAGAUUGAAGAACGCAAACCGGUUGAAAAAUACGGUUCAGUUAAGAUAACCAAAAACAAUGAAACGAAACCGAUCAAUUCAAAUGCGUACCAAGGAGUGUUCUGUAGAGAUCUCGCUGCUGUUGGGAAUCUUCUAACCCGGGCUGGGUUGAACCAUCCAAUCCCGGUUAAAUACGAAGCUCUCACCUGCUAA